AUGGAAAGUGACGAAGAAUUCGAAAGAAGAAGAGCGAUUAUUUUGGAGGAAUGUUCGCAUAUAAUUGGGGUGAACGGCGUGGCUCGUUACAACAGGGAGACGUUUAAACAACUGUUGCUAGACCUGGCGUUGAUGGAAAAACUCUUUUCGCUGUUCGACCGGAAUCGGGAUAAAAUAUUGACGCAGGACGAAUGGAUUGAAUUCCUGAAAGCGAGAUUGAAGAACGAAAAGCAGAAUGAUUUCAUUUGCCAAAUCGAGAGCACUGCGUAUAAAAUAUGCGGCGAUAACCCGAUCACUCUUGCGAAUUUCCAACAAAUAUUUUCGACCAAAGAGAUCAGCGAUAAAUUAUUUCGACGGAUCGAUCAAGAGAACGUGGGAUACGUGACAUCUUCUCAAAUCAUGGAAUUUCUUUCUAGCAUCAGCGAUACAAGGCGGCCAGCUGGUUUUGAUAAACGUAGCCUGGAAUGGUUGGAAAUGAUUUUUAAACAAACGGUGGGCAACGAGAAAGAAAUUCGUCGCGAAGAAUUUAAUAAAAUCGUCACUUCGAAGAACCCGUUCUUCACCGACAGGGUGUUUCAAAUUUUUGACAAGGACAACUCCGGGACGAUAUCUCUUCAAGAAUUUCUCGACGCGAUGCACGAGUUCGCGGGGAAAACGCCUGACGACAAGAUCAAAUUCCUUUUCAAAGUUUACGACAUAGAUGGCGAUGGACUGAUACAAUUGCGCGAAUUGGAGCACGUGAUGCGAGCUUGUAUGGAAGAGAACGGAAUACAAUUCAGCGAAGAGCAGAUCGCGGAGUUGACUGUGGCACUGUUCGACGAUGCCGAUCGGGCUAACCGAGGUGCGAUCAACGUCGAGGCUCUCAAGAGACAGUUAGAGAAACACGAGGGUUUGUUAGAAAAUUUAUCGAUCAGUAUCGAUCGAUGGCUGGUUCCCCCAAAGCCGAAAUCAGAAAAGAAGUCACGCCUGUUCACCUCGUUGCUUCCUUAUCAAUUAACUAAACCCUACAUAAAAAACAAUUACGUCUAUAUUGUUUCCAUUAUAAUUUUUAUAUCGAUCAACGUAGCUCUGUUCGUAUCGAGACUCUACGAAUAUAGAGCAACGAAUGGCUACACUAUGCUCGCCCGCGCUUGUGGUCAGUGUUUGAAUUUCAACUGCACCUUUAUCCUAGUACUCGUCCUGCGUCAGUGCAUCACCUUUUUACGGACUCACGGAUUUAAUUCCGUGUUACCGCUGGAUCAGCACAUCUAUCUUCACAAGAUAACCGGAGUUCUGAUCGGCAUCUUCAGCGUAGUGCACACCCUGACGCACCUCUUAAACUUUGGUACGAUUGUGAUCUAUGAUGAAAUCCUUAAUGAAAACAAUUAUACCAUGUCCGAAUGGGUGUUAACGGGCCGUCCAGCUAAAUUCGGUCUCGUCGAUGGUUACGCCAACCCAACUGGGAUUAUUCUUAUCUUCAUUCUUGCCGUAAUGAUGAUGUGCUCAAUGCCGUUCGUCCGACGCGGCGGAUGCUUCGAGAUAUUUUAUUGGUCGCACUUGCUGUACAUUCCCUUUUGGAUACUGUUGAUAUUGCACGGGCCGAAUUUCUGGAAAUGGUUCGUGGGACCCGGCACGAUUUAUCUUCUGGAGAGGACCCGGCGAAUCGCAUCUUCGCGUUCCGAACUGGGGAAAACGUACAUAAGUUCUGGUCUCCUGUUGCCGUCGAAAGUGACCCACUUGGUGAUCAAGAGACCACCGCAGUUCGAUUUUCAUCCUGGUGAUUACGUGUUCGUGAAGAUUCCUGUUAUAGCUCGGUACGAGUGGCACCCGUUCACCAUUAGCAGUGCCCCGGAACAGGAAGACUAUAUAUGGCUUCACAUACGAGCGGUAGGCGAAUGGACCAACAGCCUAUACUCGUACUUUGAAAGGGAGCAGAUGAGACUCCGAAGCAAUGACGUGUUCCCGAUCGAUUGUGGCAGCUGCAGCACCGUGAACGAUUGCCGUUCAGAGAAAAUAUUCUUUGAUGAAAAAAAUGCAAACGUACAUUUGCCCUCUUCGACAAACGGAAAUCAUGCAGGUUUCGAUAAUCCUAUGUUCCUCCGUGAUAAUGGAAAGACGAUGCAAUCGCCACAUUCUACAACCGAUAUGAUGGAAACUAAAUUAUCGAAGCUGUCGCUUAACCGGAAGCUUCAUCGUUCGUUGCUCGCCAGUAAAAUGCCUCUGGAGAAGUCUAGUUCGGUUCCCGAUAUGUUAACUGGGAGAAGAAGGAAAGACAAAUUGAUAGCGCUUCGCGAUUACUCAAGAUCGGAGUCGGAGAGGAAUUUCGAUGUACGUCAGAUACGUUACGCGCGUAUGAAGUCCUUAGAUCAAGCUUACUCUAGCCCGCAGAACAGAGGACUGGCGCAAAGCUUUAGGUACAUGCGGACCAAACCCACGAUAAUUGCUUUUAGGACACCGAGCAUGGACAGUAACGUUCCUGACACAGGAAUCCUUAUGAAAAGAGAUAUUUCGCCGGAAACAAGUAGGGACGAUACAAAGUCCUCGGGUAAUUUAAAUAUGAUGCAAGCAGCAGAGGAAGGCAGACUAAAAACGAAAGAAGAAUUCUCGACUAGGAACAUCGAUUCGAUAUCUAAUACGUCUUCGCAAUUGACUUUGAAUUAUACAGUGGAAAAACCAUUGGAGAUUUAUCUGGAUGGACCGUAUGGAGCUCCAUCGAGUCACAUAUUCCAAGCGCAGCACGCGGUUUUAAUCGCGACGGGGAUCGGCGUCACCCCUUUCGCUUCUAUAUUGCAAUCUAUCAUGCAUCGUUAUUGGAAGGCCAGGCACACUUGUCCGAAGUGCAAAUAUUCCUGGGCGAGCGAGAUUCCACCGACUGUGAUGCAUCUUCGAAAAGUGGACUUCUUUUGGAUUAAUCGAGACCAGCGGUCGUUCGAGUGGUUCGUGAACUUGCUGUCGCAAUUAGAAAUGGAACAGGCAGAGCUUGGUUUCACCAUGGAACGGUUCUUAGAGAUGCAUAUGUACAUCACCAGCGCGUUACAGAAGAGUGACAUGAAGGCUGUCAGCUUGCAACUUGCCAUGGAUCUAGUCCAUCAAAUGGAGAAAAGAGAUCUUAUAACGGGUUUGAAAACCAGGACGAACGCUGGCCGACCGAACUGGGAUAAGGUGUUCAAACAGCUUCAGGAUCGGAAGAAGGGCAAAGUGACGGUGUUCUUCUGUGGUCCGCCGGAGCUAGCGAAAAUUUUACGUUACAAGUGCGGUCAAUUCGGCUUCAAUUUUAGGAAAGAAUCUUUCUGAUUUUUAUAAGAAAAUAAAAAGCUG